AUGCAGAUUAUGACUCAACUUCUCGAAGAAGGCCAUGAGAUUUUUGCCUUGGAUUGGCUUGGAUAUGGACUAAGCGACAAACCUAAGCAUCGCGAAUCUGUUACAUUUGAGCUGCACAUGCGGACAUUAAUUGCCUUUUUCAACCAUGUGCAACUCCGAGACGCCAUCCUUGUAGCACACAGCUGGGGCGGAGUCUUACAUGGUUAUGUGUCUGAAUCCACUAUCACGCGAUUUAUCUCUCCAGAUAUUUUGGAGGGAGACGUUGAAGGAUAUGAAGCACCUUACCGGCACCUAGCCGCUAACGCUAGACCUAGUGUCGAAGAUUUUGCAUAUAUGGGCACUGGAAUGCCGCAAUUUCUUCUGAAAGAUCUUCGUGAGACAUCGCCUUGGAAGAUACUUGAAGCUAUUUGUGGUCCAAAGAACUUCAUCGAGCUGAACGCGUUAGCGCUUCUAUCAGAGAGGGGUGACAAUGCGAGAAGUUACUGGCAACGACAACAGCCAAGCAAUUCACAUGAGGCCUCACAGAGCAGACUCAAAAUUGUUGUUCUAUUUGGAGAACGUGAUCCGUUGGUCGAAAAUUACAAGGAGACCCUUGUGCAUGUCAUUGGCAAGAAUAACAUGGCGGACUGGGCGCCAGAUGGUAUCUGGCUCCAAGAUGCAGGCCACUACCCCAUGGAAGAUAAGCCCGAGGAUGUUACGCGAUUGAUAGCUAGAUUGGCCUAA